UUACAGACUCUGUCCAAAAUGUCCCCAACCUCUCUGAAGUUAACUUUCCGGCAGAUUCAGAAAGGAGCGAGAAUGAGUUUGCAGGAGGUUUUGGUGAUGGAGUAUAGACUCAGUCAGGCCUGUAUGAGAGGCCACGAUUUUUAUGAGGGAGUCAGAGCAGUGCUAAUCGAUAAAGACCAGAGUCCAAAGUGGAAACCUUCUACCCUGUCUGGGGUCUCAGAGCAGGCUAUAGAAGAAUGUUUCAGCUCUCUGGGUGAAAGAGAUCUCAAACUAUAGAAACUCCCCUCAAGAAUCCUGUAAGUUGCUUUCACAAGCCUCUGAAAUUUAUCAAAGAAAUCUGCAUUGUUAUUUCUGUCAGCAUACCUGACGAAUGCAAAAAUAAUCCUGCUGCUUACAGCUAAAGCAAACGUUCCUCUGAGACUUCUGCACAGAUCCACUGAUCCUUGUGAUGAAAUGAACAAUGCUAGUUUCUUAAGGAAAUUCAGAGGUUUGGGGUAUUUUCUUUGUGCCAUUCCACUGGGAAAUGGCAUUUAGAGUAAGCUCACAAUUGAGAGCAGUCUAGUCAUAUUUUAAAGGUAAAGUUCAUCCAUAAAUGAAAAUUGUGUCAUUUUCACAACUGUAUGUGUUGUCAUUUACUCAACUUCUUUUAAUCUUGCAGAUUGCAAGUCUUUCCCACAAAAUUGAAAUCAAAGAGAUUCUACAGAUAUUAGUUUUGGGUUCUGCAGGAAAAAAAUAACUGCAAACAGGAUAAAAAUUACAUUAAGUUGAGAAAAUAAUGACAGAAUUUCUGUUUUUGGGUGAACUAUAGAUAUAUAAAAAUACAAAUUUACAGCACUCCUUUCAGGGUGAAUUUUGUGCUGAGAAGCAUAUUUUGCAUACUUACAUACCCUGGCCACGAUGGUGGGAUUAAAGUAUUGUCAUGUGAUGGAUAAUAUGACUAUCAAGCCUUUGACAGAAUAAAUCGGAAUGAUUUUGAGACAACUGUGAUGCCUUGAAUUCAAAUUAUUUUCUUCUUCUCUUCUUUGCUCAUAUAACUAUGUGGGUGUUCAUAAAAGGUGUGUGACAUAUUUGUGCUAAGCAAAACAUAAAAUUAUUGUAUUGUAUCU